UAAGGGAGGGCUCGUGCAGCGUACGCAUGCGUUGUUUAGUUACAUCACCCGCGCCACGGUGUUUACGUCUGGCGGGCGGGAAUUCUGGAGGCGGCGCGUUCGUACUGAGGGAGCGCGCGCUUGCUUUUUUUCUCCCCCAACCCGCUUCUUUCUUCCAGCUUUUGAUUCGCAGCCAUGAGCCUCUGGGUGGACAAGUAUCGGCCGAGCUCCCUCAGCAAACUAGAUUAUCACCGGGAACAAGCAGCGCAGCUUCGCAAUCUGGUUCAGUGUGGUGAUUUUCCUCAUCUAUUAGUAUAUGGUCCAUCAGGAGCUGGAAAAAAGACCAGAAUAAUGUGUCUGCUGAGAGAACUGUAUGGUUCUGGAGUGGAGAAGCUGAGGAUUGAACAUCAGAUUGUAACAGCACCUUCCAAAAAGAAAAUUGAAAUUAGCACUAUUGCAAGCAACUAUCAUCUUGAAGUUAACCCAAGUGAUGCAGGAAACAGUGAUCGGGUGGUGAUUCAGGAAUUAUUGAAGACGGUAGCACAAUCACAACAGCUUGAGACAAGUACUCAGCGAGAUUUUAAAGUGGUGCUGUUGACAGAAGUGGACAAACUUACAAAAGAUGCCCAACAUGCAUUGCGACGAACCAUGGAAAAGUACAUGGCCACCUGCAGAUUAAUUCUUUGUUGCAAUUCUACAUCCAAAGUCAUUGCACCUAUCAGGAGCCGAUGCCUGGCAGUGCGAGUGCCUGCCCCCAGCAUUGGAGAUAUCUCCACAGUACUGUCCAGUGUGUGUAAGAAAGAAGGUCUGCUUCUUCCUCAAGAACUGGCUCGGAGGAUUGCAGAAAAGUCUGGCAGGAAUCUCCGAAAGGCCCUUUUGAUGUGUGAGGCAUGCAGAGUGCAACAGCUCCCCUUCACUCCUGAUCAAGACAUCUCUGAGACUGACUGGGAGGUGUAUUUGAGAGAGACAGCAAAUGCCAUUGUUAGUCAACAGACUCCCCAAAGAUUGCUUGAAGUUCGUGGUCGACUUUAUGAACUUUUAACUCAUUGCAUUCCUCCAGAAAUCAUAAUAAAGGGCCUUCUGUCUGAACUUCUAAACAAUUGUGAUGGGCAACUGAAAGGAGAGGUUGCACAAAUGGCAGCUUUCUAUGAACACCGACUACAACUCGGCAGCAAGGCCAUUUAUCACAUGGAAGCAUUUGUGGCUAAGUUCAUGGCCCUCUAUAAGAAGUUCAUGGAAGAUGGGCUAGAAGCUAUGAUGUUAUAAUACGUGAUUUCCAGUAAUUCAUAUUUUUUGUUGUUGUUGUCCUCAGUGUCUUCUAAGACAGUUGUCCAGCUGGGAGGCUAUGGUUGUGUCACUGUACUUUACAAUAAAAGUUUGUGUGUCAGUUA